AUGGCAGCACUCAGUGAAAAAGAGACUCUUCAGCAGCUGGAAGACUCAAAGGUUACUGCCACCGACGAGGAAAUCAGUGCCGUCAAUGCAGAUUUUGCUGCUGCCCUCGGUCAGAAUGCCCCCAGUCCAUGGGGGCGUGGACAUAUCGCCCUGUACGGCUGCUGUCUCGUUGUGUAUCUCUGUUCCACCAUGAACGGCUACGAUGGCUCUCUCAUGGGCAGCAUCAAUGCUCUCCCCAAUUAUCUCCACUACUAUAACGUGUCGGAGAAUGAACAAGCCGGUACUGGGAUUGUCUUCGCAAUCUUCCAGGUCGGACAAAUGACAGGGGCCCUGUUUGUUUGGUUGGCAGACUGGAAAGGACGCAAGGUGCCAAUAUUUCUCGGUUGUGCCGGCGUGAUAGUUGGCACGAUCAUCACUGCAACUGCGAAGAAAAUGGCUACAUUCAUUGGUGGUCGCUUCUUGCUAUCGUUCUUCUGCACAUGGGCUACAACUGCAGCACCCAUGUAUGUCGUCGAGAUUGCGCCUCCUUUGUAUCGUGGUACCGUGUCUGGACUCUAUAACACUCUCUGGUAUAUGGGUUCGAUCAUCGCCACCUUCGCCGUCUACGGGACGCAUCUUCAUUUCACAUCAAACCUAGACUGGCGGCUGCCACUAUGGCUUCAACUACUCUGCCCAGGCAUCGUCUGUCUCACAGUCUGGUUUCUUCCAGAAUCUCCUCGUUUCUUGGUCGCCACCGAUCGCCUUGAUGAAGCUCGAGAUUUCAUUGUGAGAUACCAUGCAAAUGGAGAUGCGUCACAUCCCAUCGUCAACCUCGAACUGAAUGAAAUCCAACACAAUUUGCGUGAUAUUCCGUUGACCUCGUGGAGUAACUUCUUUGAUCUCCGAAUUCUCGUCAAGUCUCGCUCAAGGCGAUAUCGAAGCAUGCUGAAUCUUGCGUGGAGUUGGUUUGGCCAGUUCUCUGGAAACAACGUGAUAUCUUACUAUCUGCCCCUGCUCCUUACCAAUGUUGGCGUUACAGAUACCAAUACCGUGCUCUUACUCAACGCGGUGUAUGCUCUGACUGGUUGGAUUGCUGCCGCUGCUGGAGCCCGCUUCCACGACGUCUUCGGUCGGCGAAAGAUGAUGCUGGGAUCCACCUUUGGCAUGAUCAUCUGUCUAUCCAUCACCGCCGGAACCGCAGCAGGAUACGUCAAUACCGGAUCGAAAAGCUCGUCGGAUGCGAGCAUCGCGUUUAUCUACAUCUUUGGUGUCGUUUUCGCAUUCGCCUACACAAGCAUGCAACCCAUAUACCCCGCCGAGGUCAUGUCGAAUGAAAUGCGAGCUAAAGGGAUGUGGCUCUUCCAGUUUACGGCUGGUCUCGCUUCAUUUGUCAACACCUUUGCUGCGCCUGUGGCCUUGAAGAACAUCAAGUACUGGUUUUAUGUUUUCUUCGUGUUCUGGGAUUGCUUCGAGUUCCUCUUCAUCUACUUCUUCUUUGUUGAAACCAAAGGCAGGACUCUCGAAGAAUUGGAUGAAGUAUUUGAAGCGAAGAAUCCGAGGAAGGCAAGUACGAGGAAGGUCGUGGUGAGAAGACGAGAAGUCGUGGACAAGGAAGGUGUCCACAGUGUCCACGUCUCGGAAGUGGAUCAGCUCGCUUGA